CUGUCUUACGUACCUAUCUUACCUUUUUUAUUUUUAUUUUGUCCAAUAUCCACCGUCCUGUUGUGUGAUUUUGGUUUGUUGUUUAAUUGUACGUAAGUCAAAUUAAAAUAAUUUGGUGCAAUCAAAGGCACGCAAUAGCCAUACGUACCUCCGGUUCCUGCGGUUCUACUAAAUCUUAAAAGUACUAAGGUACUAAUACAGAAAAAUGUCUCUUCGACAAAUGAAAAAACUGUACAAGAAUGUAGCUCCCAGUAUUGUUCAAAUUGAAGACUCAGAGUCUGAUGAAGAAGACAGUGGUAAUUCAACUGUAUGUAACAGUUUUGAUGUGUUGAAAUUAUCAUCUGAACCUGAAUCUGAGGCUGAAAGUGAUCAUGAUUUUUCUAAUGAAGAAAAUCCUGAUCUGCACGAAGAAAAAAAAGACAAGAAGGCAGGGAAUAAGAAGAAUAAAAAGAAAAGCAAAACUGUGGAACAAGAGAAUCCCUCGGAGGAUGACAUAGAUUUAGCAGUAAAUGAGAUUAACAAGGAAUAUGGAGAGGCUGGAGUAGAGACAACUGAAUCAGAUCCCAGAAGAGAUGUACCUACUCGUAACAGCCUGUUUACAAUUAACAGAAAACACAUUUAUGCAAAAAAUGAAGAGCUUCGAUUUUUUGGUCCAGAAGAAGAUGAGAAUGGUAGAAGGAAAAAGCCCAAAGAAACCAAAACUGUACUAAAGAAUCAAAUCACGUCGAAUGUUGGAAUAUCAAAUGUUAAAGGAAUAUAUAUGACAAUCCUAGACAGUAAGGAUGGGUACACAUAUUUUGUCUACAACCACACUAAAGAAUAUAGACAACGGCAUGAAAUGUUACUCAAUCAAAUGCAUCAUAUUCAACCAAGAUUUGGAAUAGAGUUACACGCAGAGUCCUUCAAAAAUAUGCAUGUUGAAGCUAUGAUGUUGUCUUUCGCCCAGUUCUGCUUAUCGGAUAGUUAUGAUCAAGCGACGAUGGUGAUGGAGCACAUCAUCUGUCACUUGCAGUACAUGGCGCACCCGUUCUUCAACAUAACCAACAAACAGCACCGGCUGGAAUUUAAAUACAUCGAGAAUAUAAUAUUUCACGUCGCCCUGUUACAAUAUAGUCACAUGUUGAGUCGGAAAGCUUGUCACAGAACAGCCUUGGAACUGGCCAAGGUCCUCCUCAACCUGGACCCUCGGGACCCGUUGGCAGUCAUCCUGAUAAUUGAUAAAUUUGCCAUCAAUGCCAAAGAGUACUCAUGGCUCAUAGACGCCAUCGACUCCAUGGCUGAGAAGGAUGUCAAAUAUAUGUUUAAUAUCAAAUACUCAUAUGCAUUGGCUCAUUAUCAUGUUGCUAUGCAGAAUAAAGAAGAUUUAAAGAAGGCGGAUGAGUUACUUAAGAAGGCUUUAUUGUUGUUCCCUUCGCUACCGAAACUGCUCAUUCCGGCCAGAGAGCAGAGAGAUGAAGCAGUUAAGAGAUUGCUGGCUCACCCCAUGUACAACGAGCUCGCCUCUAGAAGUAUCUCCCAGCCCCUGCACGAGCUGACUCUGCUGUACGCGGCGUGCAUGCAGCCGCGCUGGCGCGAGCCGGCGGCGAUGCAGUGGUUCGUACGGAACGCGCUCGAGCUGAUGGACCAGUACGACGCCGAACCACUUAUACGGGCGAAGUAUGAACACAAGACAAACGUGCGACAGACGCUGUUCCGCUUGUGGCCGGCGCCCGUGGCCCGACAUCUGUGCGUCAUAAAACCCAUGGCCAAUUGGCUCGUGGACGGGGCGGUGCCGGAACCACCAUUUUAUGAAUUUGUACACGUCAUCAACCCUGUACCGGACAGUCGUACUGUGAACCGCUACAACUAUGACUACCCGCCUUCGUUCCUUAUGUCUGGCUGAUCGUUGGGGUUUUUUUUAAUGUUUUUUCAUUAAUAGGCUACUCGCCUGCUGUACAAAACCAAGAAGAUUUUUUGCAUAUAGGCGCCAGUUUAGAUGCCUAAAUUCUAAUCACAUUUUUAUUUGUGAAAAUAAUUUCGAAAUUGUAAUAUUUUUAUAAAACAAAAUUGUAUUUUUAUCACGUCACCGCAAAUGCCAAUCAUAAACUGUGACGUCAUUCGCUACAAGGCAUCGGUUUGUGAUUGGCGCUUGCGGUGACGUGUAUAUCACAUCGUCGCAAACGCCAAUCACGCUGUUAUCUCAAUGAAUGACGUCACUUGCUAAUGUGUUGUGUUUCAGCGGCAAAUUUUUUACGUAGAUAUUUUUUCAUUAAUAUUAAAUUUUUUACUGGUUAUUAUUGACGGGACAAAAUAAAAUAUAGCUUAUAAUACUUCCUUAAUUCAGUUUAAACACUGUUUACAAAAGAGGCAAGUAGCCUAUUGAAUGAAUGAAAAUGAAGGUUUAACAUGAGGGUACAUAUGAAUUAUCUUAAAUAAUUAAAUACAUUUGAACGAAGAAAAAAAAUGAAACUAAAUUAAUACAAUGUCACAAUUACUUAAUAAUAAGUUAGAAAAUCCGUAAAAUAAUCUUGAAUGUCAUAAUAACUUUUUUUUAUAAAUAAAUUAUAAAUUUUACAUUUUUAAAUAUUGACCAGGGCUUCUCUUUUAGACUAUGAGGAAGUUUAUUAUAUAUUUUUAUUGCCAUACAAAAAUAACUCUUGGCAUAAUUGUUGUAGAUAUGUAUAUAGCAAUCACAGAUUAAGAAUAAUAAGCAGCUAGAGUGCACAGCACACUACUGUCGUAGCCGCACCAAAUACAAAAUACGAAAACGAAUACAUUCUCGAGUCAGUACGACACGCAGCGUCGCAUCGGAAAGUUUCAACAUAAUUCGAUUAUUCAAAAAUGGCGUCUUAUGUUUUUAAGUAUUUUAAAAACUGUUCGCGAAAACUAAAGAUAUAAGACAGAUUAUAAUUAUUGAUUUAAGUAAUUGUUGUUAGUGUUAAAGUUUGAAAUACAAAUUAUGAAAAAGUUUGUAUUUGCGGUUGUCAAGGACACGCGUGACUUUUUUAUGGUUAUCGCCGGCUUCACCACACUGCUUGUCUGUACUCACUCUGUAUAUCUUUACUCUGUGAUAGCAAUGUGAAUAAUUUAAAUAAAUAGGGAUGUUGAUAGCUUAUCAAAUUGUAUAUAAAUUAAAAGUAUGCUAAUUGUACUGUCCGAUAAUAUAAGUUUACCGGACGUCAUGCCGGCUGGGCUGCAAGCAUGUGGAUAUAUCGGACUGUCUGUGGCAAGCAUUAUAUUUUUAUGGGCUUUCAAACAAAAUAACAAAUAUCUUUGUUAUAUACAUACCAAUGUAGAUAAUUUAAAUUGGGAUAAUGACAGUUUUUCAAAUUGUAAUUAAGAUUAGGCUAAUAGUAUUUGACUAUACUAAUUAAAUGUUUAUUAUUUCACUACAAUAUAUUAUGUCGGUAAAAAAAUGGUGAUAAGUUUAAUAACAAAGGCAUAAUAAAAAUAUAAUAAUAAUUAAUUUAAUAUUUCAAACUUCCACUUUAUUACAUUUUUUAGAAUAUUAAAUUAAUUUUUUUCUCUCAUUUAUUUAUUUACCUUUUUUUUAAAUAAAGAAAAAAAAUAAUUUAAUAUUUCAUACUUCCACAUAGACAAUAAGUCCUAGUUUUCGCACGCUCCUACAAAUGCAUCUACAGCUAUUUAAAAACAUAGUUCAUUUUUAAUGGUACUACAUUGACCUCAUAAAAUAUUACGAUUUUCGAAAGUUCCCCUCGAUUUCUCCAGGAUGCCAUCAUCAGAUCCUGACAUGAAAAAAAUGGGACCACUUUGGAAUCAAACACUUCAAAACAAAAAAAGAAUUUUCAAAAUCGGUACAUAAAUGACGGAAUUAUCGCUGGACAUACAUAAAAAAAAAAUACAAAACUCCUCCUUUUUGGUAGUUGGUUAAAAAUGACGCACAAUCAUGUAAAAAAUUUCACUUAAAAACUGGCCAAUUUUGCUUUGACAGUUUUAGAAUUAUGGGUAAAGAUAUAUGCCUAAAGUCCUUUAAAUAUAGUCCAAUAUUCAAUGAAAUCCCAAAUUCAACCUUAAGGCUUGAGUUUAAGGUUGAAUUUGCAAAUGCGACUACUUGAUUUGAGUGCCAAGAAGUUGUGUUUGGCACUCAUUGAGUGGGGGCGUUUUUUGGUCGCUGAUUGUCUCAGACCAAUUAUAGAAGGACCUGUAUCGCACUCAUAGUCACGAUAAAAUUUGUCUGUCAUUUUCUGAAGAAAACGAGCUUAGAUUUGCUAUAUAUCUUAUACAUAAGUAUAAGAUAUAAACUUAUAAGUUUUUGCCCGUUUUUUACACAAUUUAAUUACACAAACAGGUAUUUUACGGAGCUCUUUAACCGACGAACACGAUUACAACUAUUUAACAUCAAUACUAUAGAUACAGUUUCUUAUAAUCGCAUUAGAUCGUUGAUCAUAUACUUUGACAGAAAAGUAACGUCUAGCGAGGCAGGUCCUAUACAAUAAUUGGUCUGAGCUGAUUGUGCAUCCACUUUUUAAUAGGAGAUCAAUGUGGUACUGCUAGUAGUAAUAGGUGUAUUUUUUCGGAGCAUCAAUGCUUUUUUUUUUAAUAAAAGUUUAAAGUUGU